CCAAGAAUCAGAGUGUGCACUCGGAAUUAGGGAGAGCGCGAAGGUAAUAGUGAGUGAAAGAUAGAGAGAGAUGGCGUCAGGGUGGGGAAUUACAGGUAACAAAGGUCGAUGCUACGAUUUCUGGAUUGACUUCCGCGAAUGCAUGUCUCACUGCCGAGAGCCUAAGGACUGUGAGCUUCUCCGUGAAGAUUACCUCGAGUGCCUCCACCAUUCCAAAGAGUUCCGACGAAGAAACCGGAUUUACAAGGAGGAGCAGCGCAAACUAAGAGCUGCUGCCAAGAAAGGCCAGGAGGAUGGCGUUGUUAAAGAACAUCAUUAGCACUCGGCAUUAAUUGUCAAUUUCAUCUUCUGAACAAGUAUUGAUAAAACAUUUGUAAUUUCGCUUGGACCUGAAUUCCUGCAUGUUUUCUGAGCCCUUAUUUUAUCCCUUUAACGUUGCGGGCUUCUUUUUUCUGUGCAAUAAAUCGGAGGUCAACUUGGGACUUCAAAUCAAACUUACGAGCUUGCUGAUUGAAUUCAAUAC